UUCUUUACUCGUUCUGAUACGGACGCGGUUUUGGACUAUUUGUGUGUUGUUUGCUAAUUCGCUUCGUUCUGUUGCCAAUUUUAUUGGAGGCCAGCUGCGAAAUCAGUUUGUGCGGGUGUGGGGCCAACACGAAAGAAAGAAGUGUCGCAAACAGCCGCAUUAGCAUAAUUAUAAUUGCAUGCCGCCUUUUGCCUAUGUAUGUGUGCAUGUCACAGUGUAGUUUGUUUGAAAGCAUCAGCAGAAAAGGCGCCAAAAAAGAGGAGACCUAAAAUAAAGAAGAAUACAAAAGCACAAAAAAACUGCAACGCCAAACAUAAUUUCUUUCGCAAUGCAUUUAACGUAAAGUUGCUCUAAAAACACCGACACCUGGCCAAAAACGCAUACAGCGAAGGAAUAAACUGCAAUACAGAAAAACCUGUUCAACUUGACCAGAGGUGGAAAUCUUACGGCUGACAUUGGAAUAAUUAUAAGCCUUUUGUGCGCGCGACGCAAUUAACUGACAGCACUUGAAAGUAUGCUACACAAAUUUGUUUCAACUUGUUACUGCAACAAUAACAACAACAACGGCAACCAUCCCACGCAAUUUAUUAUAUAGACUGCGUUCGUGAGUAAGAGCGAGAAAGCAACAGCAACUAGCAACAAGAAGCAACAACAACAAAAACAACCAGGAAACCAGGAAACGUAACUGGAAUAAAUAGAAAAUUCUACAACAAAAUAAAACAACAAAGCAGUAAAGCUGUUACUCCUAAAGGUAAACGGAGCCACCGACGGCAAUUACAGCACAAAGAUGGCGUCCUCACCGACACCAUCUCUGGACUCGAUGCGGGGCGGGGCGAACUCGAUUGAAUCGUACGAACACGCCGGCUAUCUAUCAGACUCCCCGCUCACGCUGAGCGGCUCAUCGCCACCGGCCAGCGAUUCGGCAAUCUGCAGUGAUGAGUACACGGGCGGCAGCAGCGUGAAGUCGCGCUCCGAGGUGACCGUGAUCAAUGGUCAUCAUCCCAUCUCGGCCUCGGUCUCGUCCAGCUCCUCGGCCAGCUCCUCCUCCUGCUCGUCGUCGUCGUCCUCAUCAUCGUCCUCGUCCUCGUCAUCGUCCAGCUCCUCGACCAGCGGCCUCAGCGGUUGCGGCAGCACCAGCAGCAGUGUCAUCAGCGCCAACAAUGUGGCCAGCAGCAAUGGGCCGGGCGUGAUUGGCAGCAAUCUUCAGGGCUCCAGCAACUCGGGCAUCAGCAGCCUGGUCGUAGGAGCCGGCAAGGGCAGCAACAGCAGCAGCAACAGCAACAGCUCCUCGGGCAACACAUCCGUCAAUGGAUCUCCGCCACGUUGCACGGCCUGCAAGAGCAAGUGCAGCGAUGCGGUGGCCAAGUGCUUCGAUUGCCAGAGCUAUCUGUGCGCCAAUUGUGUGACUGCUCACGAAUUUAUGCACUGCUUCAACGGGCACAAUGUGUGCUUGAUCAAGGGUUUCGAGGCAAGCACCAUAGGUACCUCACUGUCCGUGGGUUCGCCCAGCAACAAUCCGGCCUCGAAUGAGUUUAAGUACGCCAGUUCGCUGACCAUGAUGCUGCAGCAGCAGCAGCAACAGCUCGACUCGCAGCAACAGCAACAGCAGCAGCAACAGUUGCCCAUGUCGCAGCUCUCGAAGAUUGUACUGGCAGCCGCCGCACAGGCCAAUUCCCAGGAUCAACAGCAACAGCGGGAGGAGAGCAUCUAUGGUUCACUGCACCCACAGCAACAGCAACAGCAGCAGCAGCAACAGCAGCAACAGCCGCAACAGCAGAGGCAACUCUUCUGCCCACGACACAAACAGGAACUGCUCAAGUUCAGCUGCCGCACCUGCUGCAUUCUGGUGUGCAAGGAAUGCAUUGUAUUGGAGCACUCCACCGGAAUUCAUGAGCUGGAGAACGUGCAGUCGCCCGGAUUAACAACCUCGGCGGGAUCCACUGCUAAUGAGACAGCGCUGCAGACUCUGCUCUCCGAUAUGCGCGUCAAGAUUGGCGAGAUUGUCGGCAUUGCCGGUAACUCGGACCAGAAUCUCACCAAGGUGAAGCUGCAGUACCAGAAGGCGCAAAACGAACUGAACGAGACGCACCAGUUCUUCGCCUCCAUGCUGGAUGAGCGUAAGACGCAGCUGGUGAAGGAACUGGAGACACUCUACUCGGCAAAGGUGAACAGCAACAAUUCGUGGCAGCAACGUUCCCGCGACCUGAUCGACAAGGGACUGGCCACCUGUGAGGCGGUGGAGCGGAGCCCAGCUCCGCCAUCAUCUUUGCUGGCGGAGGCCCUGCUUCUGCGCAAGUCCCUGGAGCAGCAGCUGCAGACGGGCAUCCAGGAGAUGCAGCUGCCCUUCGAGAUGGAGUUUAUGUCCAACUACCAGUCGAUUCAGGCCGGUGUGCGCAACACCUUUGGUUACAUACGGGCAACCAGCUCGGACGGAGGCCAUUCUGGCCUGAGCCUGACCAGCAAUGGUCAAGGCAAGCAGCCCCCCAUUGCCCGGCCCACGCAGAGCGCCAGCAACAGCAGCGCCAGCAGCGCGGGCAGUGGCCACCAUGGUCACCACCAGCAGUCACAUCACCAUGGCCACCACAGCCAUCACCAGUCGGCACACCACCAACAGCUGCAGGCGCAAUCAUCGCUGCAUGGCUUGGGACUUGGAUUGAGCGGCGCCAGCCUGUUGGACAGCAGCACUAACGGAAGCGUCGCCGGAGGAGCCUUCAGCAACGGAGGUCUUUUGCUGAGCGGACGCGAUCGCAACCCCCUGGCCGUGGAACAGCAUUUCGGCGAGCUGAUUCCCAAGCGAGGAGGCGGUGGCUACAGCGGCAGCAAUGGCUCGGCCGCCAGCACAGUGGCUCACUACAAUCCGUAUGAGAAGUGGAGUAACGGCGGCAGCGACAAUCUCUUUUCGUCUGUUACCAGCGGAGGAGCCGGUAGCUCGACCGUGGCCGAUGCCUUCGCCAGCCUGUCUUCGGUUGGCGGAACCGUGGUGAGUGGCGGUGGUGCCGGCGGAAGUACCGUAAGCUCGGAAUCGCUGCUCGACCUUACCAACAAACUGCUCUCGGCCACCAUCUAUCCGCCCAAGUCGCAGAUCAAGCGCCAGAAGAUGAUCUACCACUGCAAGUUUGGCGAAUUCGGCGUGAUGGAGGGCCAGUUCACGGAGCCCAGUGGCGUGGCGGUGAAUGCGCAGAACGACAUCAUUGUUGCCGAUACGAACAACCAUCGCAUCCAGAUCUUCGACAAGGAGGGACGCUUCAAGUUCCAGUUUGGCGAGUGCGGCAAGCGCGAUUCCCAACUGCUGUAUCCCAAUCGUGUGGCCGUGGUGCGCAAUUCCGGGGACAUUAUCGUCACCGAGCGCUCGCCCACACACCAAAUACAGAUCUACAAUCAGUACGGCCAGUUUGUGAGGAAGUUCGGGGCCACCAUACUGCAGCAUCCGCGCGGCGUGACCGUGGACAACAAGGGACGGAUCAUUGUGGUGGAGUGCAAGGUGAUGCGGGUGAUCAUCUUCGAUCAGAGCGGCAAUGUGCUGCACAAGUUCGGGUGCUCCAAGCACCUGGAGUUCCCCAAUGGCGUGGUGGUCAACGACAAGCAGGAGAUCUUCAUCAGCGACAAUCGAGCGCACUGCGUCAAGGUGUUCAACUACGAGGGCCAGUAUCUGCGGCAGAUUGGCGGCGAGGGCAUCACCAACUAUCCCAUUGGCGUCGGGAUCAACUCGAACGGGGAGAUCCUCAUCGCGGACAACCACAACAACUUCAAUCUGACGAUCUUCACGCAGGACGGGCAGCUGAUCUCGGCGCUCGAGUCGAAGGUGAAGCACGCCCAGUGCUUCGAUGUGGCGCUCAUGGACGACGGCAGUGUGGUGCUGGCCAGCAAGGACUACCGGCUCUACAUCUAUCGCUAUGUCCAACUGGCGCCAGUGGUAUUGCACAAAUUGCACAGCAACAUCAAUGACAACAACAAGAGCUACUUGGCAGACAGAAUACAGCAACAUUUCAUUUGAAAACGAAAAACAAAAGAAAUAUUUUUAACAACCAAACAUUCCCCAUUAAAUUGUGUUAUGUUAAAUUUGUUAUUGGAGAAAGGAAGACGUAACUAAUGAAUGGAUCGCAUUCAUUUCGAUGGCAAUGCAUGGACAAGUUUACGUUACGCAAUUAUUUUAAAUCAAUUUUGGGACUCAAAAAAUUAUAUAAAUAUUAAUAUAUUUGCAAUUAGUGGAAAUGAGUCUCUACGGUCGAACCGCACACACAAAAAAAAAAAAUACACACAGACAAGAAUCAACGUUGCUAAAUCAUUGAAAUAUGCAUAAAUGUUAGCUCAUCUUACUCAUAAUCACGCAUUCGAUAUAGAUUUUAGUAUUUAUAAAGCUAUAUAGUGCAACUAAGCCGAUCAUGGAAUCAUCAUCUAGUCAUCAUGCAUACAUAUAUGUAUUUUUAUAUUAAUUAACAUUAAAAAACAAAAAAAACAAAAACGAAACCGAAAAAGAACACCAAUCUAAUGUUAAAUGUCGUUAUAAUUAAGUUUUCUUUAUAUACACAUAUAUAUUAUGUUUUAGCUAACGAUUUAAUUGAUUUUAAUGUCUCCCGCAAUUUGAAUUUCUCUGCUAAAGCCAAGUUGAAUUUAAAAAAAAAAAAAAAAACAAGAGUAUACUGUAUACAGGGUGUUGCUUAAAUGGCUUUCAUAUACUAUUUAAUAUAGUGAUAUGAAAAUAAAACAUUUUAUCUGCUAAAAUAAUAUGUUUUCUUUAUGGUUAAUUGUUUACACUGUACGUUCAGUUACAACUCGUAUAUUUCGCUCAAAUUUUGUUUUACAUUUAAGAAAUACAAAGAAAAACUAAAACUAAAAUACAAAUACAAAUAAAAAAAAUAAAAAUAAAAAUGUUAAGUAAAGGACAAGAAAAUGUGGAAAAUAUGGACUGACAAGCAAAUAAUGUAUAUCAUUGAGGGUUGGCAUUUUUAUUCAAUAAAUAUAUAUAAAAAUCUAUAUUACAUGUAGACUUUGUCAGGCAGGCCAUUCUCAGCUGUUUCGAACGAGGAAAUUGUUAACUUUUUGCGUUGAAAUGAAAAGGAAAAUAAAAAAUAUAUACACGCCCACCAAAUGCAUACUAUAUGCCAUAUACUGUUUCUAAUAUGCAUACAAAGAUUUAACCACAGUACAGAACAAUUACAAUUUGGUUUAAGUUUUGUAACUGACUCAACUUACUGCCAGGAUCAGCUCAGCUCAGCUCCUCAGACACCCUGCAUGAUACUCACUCAGUCAGUCAGUCACUCAGUCACUCAAUCAUUCAAUCAGUCAUUCAACACUCAAGCAAUCUUACCCACAAAUCGAGCACAAUUAAUUGUAAUAAACCAAUGGCAAUUUUCUUGAGAAAACGUAACCAAAUACGCAUUUAACUUCAACAUUUUAUAUUUUCAAUUACAACAAACUGUUUUUCAUUUAUAUUAAAUUUUAAUUCGCCAAGAACAAGCAAAAAAAAAAAAAAAAAAGAAAGGCAAAUUAAAAUGUAAUCAUAAUCGUAACUAAAUCGAAUACGAUGUAAUUGAAUGUGAACGUUAUUAACUCAUUAACUAUUAUUAUUAACUAAGAUUCCAACUGUAUGCGCAUUUUAUAUAUAUACUUAUAUAUACAAAAUUAAGGCAAACACAAAAUAACAACUCAUUAAUGUAAUGUGUAAGAGAAAACCAAAAUUACUUACAGUAAAUUAUAUAUAAAUAUUUUUAUACAUGUGGAAAACGUAAAAGAAUGAAAACAUCAUAAUAAUUAAUGAAAAGCUCGCUGGGUGGCGAGUUCGCGAACACCUAUUCGAAUUUGAUAUAACAGAUUUUGAACUCUACUCAAAAAUCCAAUAGCAACGUCAACAGCGUCAGCGGGAACUUGAAAAAUAAUAAUAGAAACAAAUGAAAGUCUUUUUAAUGCUUAGGGGCCACAAUUUUCGAAGUAAUUAAAAAAUGAAAAAAGAAAACAUGAAAUUAUUAUUACAUUAAAAUAUGGUAUUAAUUAACAUUUAAAAAAUGUUGUGUAACAUUAAUAUUAAACCAACCAACAAGAACAACCAGCAACAACAAUUGUAUUGUAAGAAUUUCUAUUUCCAUUAAACCACAAUAAAAUUAUUUUGUUUUUAAAUAA